AUGAGUUGUCUAAGCUGGAACUGUCGUGGGCUUGAGAACCCACAAAUAGAAGAAGAGUUGGUUGCUUUGAUUAGCAAAAAAGAUCCCAAAAUCGUGUUUUUGAUGGAAACCAAAGUGGAAAAAAUUACUAUUGAAAGAAUAUGCCGGAAGUUGAAGUCUGUGAAUUUUUUUGUUGUUCCUAGGGUGAAUCAGGGUGGUGGUCUAGCUUUGUUAUGGAGAGAAAACAUUAAUUUGGUUGUGCUCACUUCUUCUAAUUGUCACAUUGACGCUAAUAUAGACUUUGGAAUGGAUGAUGCCUGGCAUUUUACGGGUUUCUAUGGUGACCUUGAAACUGCCAACCGAGAACAUUCCUGGUCUUUACUAAGGGAUUUGAGUCAACGUUUAUCCCUACCGUGGGUUUGCAUGGGGGAUUUCAAUGAAAUUAUUUGGUUGGAGGAAAAGCAAGGUUGGUUGGAUCGUCUCGAGAGUCAGAUGCAAGGCUUUAGAGAUGCCUUGGACUUUUGUGGUUUUAAUGGUUUUCCCUUCACAUGGUGCAAUAGGAGACCAGGGGAUCAAAAUGUGUGGAUUUGUCUAGAUUGUGGGAUAGCUACAAUGGAUUGGAUACUUCAUUUUCCUAUUACCUGGAUUCACCAUCUGGAUGUGUUUCAUUCGGAUCAUAAGGCCAUUCUUCUUAUUUUAGAUUCGGAACAACAAAGGUUUUAUUGUAAAGGUAAACCGUUUCGAUUCGAAGCAAUGUGGUUGAAAGAUAACUCAUGUGAAGAUGUGGUGAGAUAG